AUGUCCUUUGACUGUCAGAAGUGUGGCAAGUGUUUUAACAAUACAGGACACUUUAGGGCUCAUGAAAGAGUUCACACUGGGGAAAAGCCAUAUGAAUGUAAACAGUGUGGCAAGUGUUUUAGCCAAGCAUCAAACCUAAGGAGCCAUAAAAGAGUUCACACAGGGGAAAAGCCAUAUGAAUGUAAACAGUGUGGCAAGUGUUUUAGCCAACCAGGAAACCUAAAGAGCCAUAAAAGAGUUCACACUGGAGAAAAGCCAUAUCAAUGUAAACAGUGUGGCAAGUGUUUUAUUGAAGCAGGACACCUGAGGACUCAUGAAAGAGGUCACACUGGGGAAAAGCCUUAUGAAUGUAAACAGUGUGGCAAGUGUUUUAGCCGAGCAGGAAACCUAAGGAGCCAUAAAAGAGUUCACACAGGGGAAAAGCCAUAUGAAUGUAAACAGUGUGGCAAGUGUUUUAGCCAAGCAGUUCACCUAAGGAAUCAUGAAAGAGUUCACACUGGAGAAAGGCCAUAUCAAUGUAAACAGUGUGGUAAGUGUUUUAUUGAAGCAGGACACCUAAGGACUCAUGAAAGAGUUCACACUGGGGAAAAGCCUUAUGAAUGUAAACAGUGUGGCAAGUGUUUUAGUGAAGCAGGAAACGUAAGGAGACAUGAAAGAGUUCACACUGGGGAAAAGCUUUUAGAAUGUAAACAGUAUGGCAAGUGUUUUAGUGUAGCAGGAGACCUAAGGACUCAUGAAAGAGUGCACACUGGGGAAAAGCCUUAUGAAUGUAAACAGUGUGGCAAGUGUUUUAGCCAAGCAAAGUAUCUAAGGAUUCAUGAAAGAUUCCACACCGUGGAAAAGUCAUAUGAAUGUAAUCAGCGUGGCAAGUGUUUAAGCCAAGCAGGACAUCUAAAGGUUCAUCAAAGAUUACAUACAGCGGAAAAACCUUACGAAUGUAAACAGUUUGGCAAGUGUUUUAACCAAGCAGGAAACCUGAGGAGUCAUGAAAGAUUCCACACUCAGGAAGGGUCACGUAAAUUUUCCCAGAAAAACAAAUGUGUGUCCAAACGUUUGGAAUCCUGUAAACGGAAGAGAGCAGGAAGUGAAAACUUUGAUGUCAGGGCAACAGGCUGUGCAGAGAACCAGCAGACACAGAGAGAAACCGGAAACAAUGGUUUAACAGAUGCACGAUCGGUCAUUAUUGAGAAACACAGCUGUUGGAUCUGUCAAGAGGAGAUAAGUAGUGAGGCUCUUCUCCUUCAACAUUAUGAAAAUCAUAUG